CCGACUCGUCUCUCCAGACUGCAGAACGCAUCAAGGAGGAAUACUGCUACGUGUGCCCGGAUAUUGUCAAGGAAUUCGCACGCUUCGACCGUGAAUCAGACGACCGCUUCAAGAAACACGUCGUCAACUACCCCAAUGGCAAGACCACAACCGUCGACGUCGGUUACGAACGCUUCCUUGCGCCUGAGAUCUUCUUCAACCCUGAGAUCUACUCGUCCGAUUUCCUGACCCCACUACCCACCAUCGUCGACACCGUUAUUCAAUCCUCGCCUAUCGAUGUGCGCAGAGGACUGUACAAGAACAUUGUGCUCUCAGGUGGUUCAACACUAUACAAGGACUUUGGCCGACGUCUGCAGCGUGAUAUCCGGCACAUGGUGGAUGCUAGGAUCAAGGCAUCAGAAGCGCGGAGUGGAGGUGCAAAGAGCGGUGGUCUGGAUGUGCAAGUCAUCACACACAAGAGACAACGACACGGCCCAUGGUUCGGAGGCAGCUUGCUUGGUCAGACGCCCGAGUUCAAGAGCUACUGCCACACCAAGGCAGAGUAUGAUGAGAUUGGUCCCAGCAUUGUCCGAAGAUUCGCGCUGCUGGGCGGACCUGGUAGCACGUAAGAAGACUGCAACCUUCCGAGACCCAUGUAGAUGAUGGAAUGGCUUAUUGAGCGAACAUGAGAAUUAGCAAAACCUAGCGAGAAUGACAAGAUUAUCAGCCAAA